AAACAGUUAAUUCAUGGCACUUUUGUACUCAUUUGCGGAGAGAGAUGCUGAGACCGGGAUUCGUAUUUCACACGUUCCCGGCGGCGCGGGGGAGGAUGUGCCGGUGCUGCUCCGUAGGGACUCGACGCUGCGAACGGUCCCGAAUUCCCUGGAACCCCGCCGCGCUGCCGUGCCCUCCGCCCCGGCCCCUCCCGCGUGGGCUCCGGGGAGGCCGGGCCGGCUCCGCUCCGCCGGCGCAGGGAGCAGCGCCGUGCCCCGGCUGCGGCAGCGGGAAGGGCUCGGGAAGCCAUCCCCAGGGAGACGGGAACGCGGUGAGCCGGCGGACGGGACGGGGCGGCGAGGGGAGUGUGCGUGAGGGCAACAAAUGUCCGAGCCCGCGGCAGCGGAGCUGCGUCCCGAGGCGGCCCCGGCAGCGGCAGAGCAGCAUUGAUGAUUGGACUAAAACCCAGUGGAGAGAGAUUAAUGUGGAACAGAUGGAUGUGCAGCUCAGAAGGUUUGCCAAGGCAGGUCCCACAGCCAUCUAUCUCUGCAAUUUAUCUGUCUCAGUGCCACCCCUUCCUCACUCUUCCCACCCACUUGGAUGUUUCGGUGAGGCUUUCAGUAGCAGAAGACCACCUCAGACCUUCUGGGACUCCAGUUUCAUAAAGGUAGAAGAUGAAGUCAAAAGUGUAGUUGUCAAUGCUGUGCAAGAGUUGAGCACUGAAAAGACUUUGGAAGAAAUCAUGGACUGCCAUGGAAUUUUCUGACCAAGAGCAUAAAAUAAUAGAAAUUCCUUUGUUAAAGUCCAAUGAAUAGCUGCUUGAAUGUUUAGUUUCAGAUAUGACUGAUUCUGAAAAGUAAAUAUGUGGUAUAUUUCAUUGAACAAGUGAAAGGCUGGCAAAGUAAACAUGGCAGAUUCUGUCAUUUCCAUUUGGAUGGAAUUUCAGUGCAUGUGGUAUCUUCAUCAGACUGUUGGUGACUGACAUAACAGACAAAGAAAAUGUGAUGGAAGCUACAGGGAAGCCAAAGGUGUAGGGAAGCUCUGAAGCUCUGCAGCAGAGAGGCAUGUGCAUCUCCAGAGCAUCUCCUCUUCCCGUGGUGGCUUUUUAAAGCCCAGGCUGUCCACCUAGCAGUGAGUGGUGCUCCUGCAGGACCAGGUGGCAGAGAGAAGACAGAGACCAUGGAAGAUUUGGGCUGUGCCCUUAGUAUGACAGUGAAAAUUUUCGACUAUACAGAAUACAUGGAUUAAAAGAUUUGUAUUUCUUGGUGAAAACAUUACACUGAAAUCCAGAGCUGAAUAUUUAUUACUAUGAUCCCUGCAUGUGCAGAACCUGUGCCAUGGUUGUCCCUGACAUUGAACUGGUCUCUGUAAUAAUGUUGGCUGCUGAAGGGUUCAUUGGUGCCUGUUUGUUAGCCAGGAGGUUCAUCACCUUCUAACCUCUCUGCAGGGAGCUGCUCCCUGAACAGGGCUGUUAUGACUGGGGUCUUCAUACUAUCAAGUCAGUUUUGGUAAUUCUUGGGUCCCUGAAGCAAGGAGACAAGAGCAGACCUGAGGAUUGGCACUAAUGUUCCUCAGUAUGAUAAACAUGUCCAUAAGGAAAUGUGUAUCCUAUUUGGAGAAGUGCACAGUGACAAUCUUGAGUGACAACAACGUUUGUUUGUGCACGGUAAGAAGAAUUUGCAUUUUGUAACAAAUUCAUUGUUGGUCAGAUAUUUAUAGUGAGGAAAGAAGAGUAAGGGAACAAAAACAUAUAAAUAAGAAGGUGUGGAUUUGGAAUGUGCAUGGCUACAUGUGACUUUGGUGUACUCUGGCUUUUAUGAUUAGGAUAAUGCAUGUUAUUCUGUACACAUGAAAUGCAUGCAGGUACAUGUAUAUAUGCAUGUAUACUCACAAGAAUUAGUUGCCCACAACCUAAAUUUAAGUGCUAAUUUAUUUUAAUUACAGACAGAGUGAAAAAGUGAAACACAGAAACACUGGUUAGUACACAGACCAAAUAAAAAGUGUAUUUAUUCCCGCCUUCCUUCAAGGAACAUCCACAUCUGCUGUAUGUGGCAGCAGAUCUUUACCUUUAUUGGGGUAUAUUGGAAAUAACCAGGCUGGUGGAAUGUGACUGAUCAGAAAACUUAUAAAGGAUUUUGUGCUCUUCUCUCUUGUUCCAUUUUCCUGACAGAGGGGUGAAAACCAGUAAGGUACGCCUUGAGGUAUUAUGAACUUCACAAUCAGCCUUCUACAGAGUAUUUUGUUUCCUGCUAACUGGGUAAAUCAGAAGACAAGCGCUGAGGAUCAUGAACUUGUUCCUGUUAGGCUUUGGAAAAUCAGAGUGAAUACUCUUCACUAAAACAGCAAUCCACAAGCAGACAAGCUAUUUCUAAUCUGUGACUCAUACAACUAUUUCUUUGGAAGCAGUAUUACUUUAGGAGACUGACUUUGUAUUUUUUUGAAUUCCAGCUGUACAACUGAUUGCAGAAUCCACUUUGCUAAAGCAGUGGCAGAAUUGUGAUAACUGUUCUGUAUCCUUGGGUUUUCACAGUCCUGCAGGACUGUGUGGCUGUCUGUCAGAAUAGGAUUUGUUCUCACUUGCUGAGGGAAUAAGAAUGAGGAGGAGAAAAAAAAAUCUUGUGAACAACUGUCUCUGUGAUAAUAACUACAACAGGAGAGGGGAGGUGCUCACUGUGUGUCCCUUCUGUGUGGGAGGAUGUCAGCUGGAGGAGCAGCCGGCAGUGUGUCACUCUGUGUUUGUCGGUGGAAUUGCAGGGAAUGGAGAGGGUUCUGCAAGUUCUUCAUCACAUGUAUAUGAACACAAAAGAAAUGCCCAUUUGGAAUUAAUUUAGUGCAGAAGUUCUGACAGCUGAUGAACUGUGUGGUUUUGUACACCAGGAAACCUGAGAGUGGAAAGAUGGCAAGAAACACAUGUGUUCUUGCUAGGAUGUCAUUCUUCAUCCACAAUGGACAAUACCAGAAUUCAGAGAACAUUUCUGCUGUCAUAUUCUCUGAGAGGACAAGCCAAUUAUUACCCAUGAGGGGCCAAAAAGGUUUAUUCUAAAUAGGGGUAUAAAUCCUAUGUAGACCGAGUGCCUCAACACUGUUAUGGAUGCUAACAAGUUUUAAAAGAUGCAGAUGGAUAUGCUGUGAAACUUUCAAAGGCUGUGAAAUAGUCAAUCAACUAAAUCAGCAAGACUUUUCUGGAAUUCAGAAUCCCAAGGGAUGUUUGGAAGAACAUGCUCAUACUGAUGUUCCAGUAAAAGAAUGAGAAACUUUUCUAUUUUAUUAGCGAUUUGAAUAUGCCUGAAGUGGGUAGAUAUGAAUUUGUUCAGCCUCAUGAUUUGGCAGCAUAUUGAUUAUGGACACUGGUCAUGCUUCAUCCCAUGAAGAAAUAACACCAGGCAUCAGCUGAAUAUCUUGUUAAGGAACAAGAUGUAAAAAGGAAAAACAAAGGAAGUGACAACUCAAAUCUGAAACACCUCUGGGUUGGAGAAAUCAGUCAGAUUUCCUGUAGGACAGAACUGUUGAUUCUUCAACUGAGGUUAAGCCUGGAAAUGUACAUUACUUCAGUGUUUUGUCACUCAUAUUAAUCAAGUUACAUUUUCUUUCUCAGUUAUGAUAUUCAGAAGAAGAAAACCAGCCAGUUUUCAGAAGAUGAAGAUUUUGCUGAGUUUACUUGCAAGGCUGAGCCCUGUGUGAGCAAACAGCAAAGGAGGGAACACUUUCGGUUUCAUUCUGUGUGGAUGAGCAAUAUUUCUGAAUCUCAGAUGUGGCUGAAUAAGGAUCUGAUUGUGGCCAAAUUUGGUGGAUGCCAGUCCCUAAAAAGCCCUUCUGUUUCCUUGGUCCAGGGCCAAACUACCACGGCGUGUGUAGCUCAAGGCUUUCUCAGUCUCUGGUUUUCAGGGGAAGGUAGAUCUUGCCAGUUUGUACAUCAGGACGGGUGCCAAGAACAUGCCCACAGUGUUUUUGCUGACAGAUGCCCAAGUUCCAGAUGAAUGCUUUCUUGUGCUGAUUAAUGACUUGUUGGCAUCAGGAGGGGGCUCCAGACCUGUUUAGUUCAUCACUGCAUCCUGCAGUGAUGAAGACAUGAAGGUCACAACUGCAGCAGUUAGAAAAGAAGUCUGAGCCCUGGGCCUGAUGGACAUCAGCAAACACUCCUGGAGGUGAUUCCUGAGGCUGUGGCUGCAGUAAGAAAGUAGAAGAUCUAAAAUCCAAACUUGCUACUCAAGAGGCAGAACUGCAACUGAAAAAUCAAGAUACUGAAGCUUUGAUUGCUAAGAUAGGGUUUCAAACUGAGAAACUGAGCCAAGAAAAGGCCAUUGCAGAUGCAGAGGAGCUAAAGGUUGAUGUCUCUUUGCAAGAUUUAAUCAGCUAUGAUAAGGAGCAUAUUUCUCAGCAUUUUCUGAAGGUCGCCAAGGAGCAUUACUUGAAGGAUCCAGACUUCAACCCAAAUUAUGUUCAUACAGAAUCCUUUGCAGCAGCUGGUCUCUGUUCCUGGGCCAUCAAUAUAGUAAAAAUCAGUGAGGUGUAUUGUGAGAGAGAACCAAAAUGUUGUGCACUGGCUCAGGCUCACACUGAAUUAACAGCAGCUACAGGAAAAGUAGAAGUCAUCAGGAAAAAGCUUCUUGCAUUUUUCUGAGGAUUGUUAGCAGCAGUAUUUCUCUCAGCUGUGCUUAGUUCUUAAUAGGAAGAAUUCUGCACUACAGUAUUAUGUAAUGUGGACCGUUGGCCUAUGCAACCUGUUCCACCUGGUCCAUGUCAGGCUUUUUAAAGCAAAAGUCUUUGAGACUUCUGUUGAGAAUUCUGUCGAGAAUUCUGUCUGCCUUCCCAGCACUGAAUGUUUAACCAUUUCACCAGUUCACUGGAAACCUCAAAGCACAGAAGAAAACUUUCAUGUGGUGACAUCUUAUUGACAGCAGCAUUUGUGUCUUACUUUGGACCCUUCAUAAAACAACAUCACCGGGAACCAAAGGAACAUUUCUGGAUUCCUUCUCUAAAGAUGCUUUCACUGAACAGCAGUGAGACAAAAUACCUCGUUUCACUUUUGAUUGUUUUCCUGCAAGUGAGGAAGAGUGGAAAAUAAGAGAGAAAUACCCUUGAAAAGUUAUGUUGAAAUAGACGUUUAUUAAUAGUUCUCUACAGGAGGAACAGCAAGUAGUUCUAUGUCAUUAAGUAUCAGCAGAUAUGGUGACAAUAGAUGUACCUAUAUAUUCAGAUAUUUUUUGUGCAUUGUGUGAAAAUUAACAUUAGGAACUCUGAUAAUACCCCAGUGCUAUUGUUUUUCAUAAGGAAGUAUUUGAGAUCAUUAAAAUUAUUGUAUUGGUUGUCUUACAGUCCAGAGAUAAAACAAAUCAUGUAUUCAGUCCUUUGAUAUAUUUAGAUGAACGUGUUACGCAUGGGAGACAGACAUAUUGCACGCUUGCAGAAAGGAGUGUAUGCCUGCUGGGACCUUUGUGCUUGUAUUUUCAGCACAUUCAUCAAAAGUUAGGUUUAUUUUGGGGUCAGAGAUUAGAACCAAGAGUUAGACAAUUUAAGGUGGUAUGUAUUCUGUAAUACUAUGGUAACUAUGACACUGCCACAGAAGCUGCACUAGAGGUACGAUGCCAUUCUUAUUACUAAUAAUUGUGCAAAUUUAGCUCAACUUAAAUAUAUGUAAUGUUUUUCAUUAUAAAUCACUGUCAGAUAUACAUGGGGGUUGUUCUUUGUUUCAAUGUGCACUUUUAAAAGAGGCUUCAGUCUAAAAGCCAGCAAUGAGGAUUAGACAUGUCCAGGGAGAAAGAAAGUUUUAAUGGAAGACUUUUUAAAAUACUUCUGAAUGGGGGGAGAAGGUAGUUCAGGUUUAAUACUGAUGAUGCUGUGUUUUCCUUUAUUUAUGGCUUUUUAAUUUAAUCCAAAAAUCACUGAUAAGGAAGCCUGGAAUAACGCCAUGAAGGACUUGUUGGGGGUUUGCCCUUUCCUUCAGUAAGGAAAAAAUUAAUUCCAGGCAUCUGGUACAGUUCUAUUAACUUCCACCAGCCCAUCUUUCUUGUUCCAAACAACUUAUUUAUUCACUCUCUCUUAUUCUGUUGUGCUGCGUUAGGCAUUUCUCUUCCCACCCAUACCUGUUUGGUAGGCAGUGAUUUCAGACAUUCCAUUUCUAUUUUAUUUCAUCUCCUUGCACGUGGCUGUGAGGGGUUGGCACCCAGCAGGCGUGGCUGUGAGAUGGCUGCUCUGUCACAGCCCCCCCAGUGAAGGGGCACUCACACAAGAGCUUUGCUGCAGCUCUGCCCACAGGGAGCUCCCUGGCUGCCUCUGCCCCCAAAGAUGGCCCCAAGAUGGCCCCAUUCCCUGGCUUUUGAGGGUAUCUGAACUAUAUUAACAAGAUGCCAUAGGAAUCCUGCUUUAAUAUUUUUUUUUUGUGGAUAAAUACAGAUUUAUGUUCCAGAAAUAGGUGCUCAAAGCAUACAGAAGCAUUGAAUUUGCAAUAUCAGAAUACAAUUACUUUUAUAAUAUAUGAUGCAUUUUUAACUUUAUUGAACUAUAAAUAUUUUUAUGAAGUAAAUGUCUUGAGAGAGAACACUUUUUUGAAAUCUAUUGUAAAUAUAAUAAACUGCUUCUCAUCACUUUCCUUUCAUCUGAAACUCCACAGGGAUCCUCCUUACUUUUCUGCCUUACUUUAAUUUAUAUCCCCCAGUUAUCUGGUGCGUCGCACUGAGUCAUGUCUUGCUGCUUGGUAACCUUGCUGGAAGAUUAUAUUCCACUCUGAUUCUAAGGCUCCUUUUCCUGUGACAGAAGGCCUGGACCCGAUUGCCACGUUGAGGGAUGAUGCUACAGCUGUGGCAUGGAGUAACGAGGGUGAUAGGAUGGCAACAGAAAACACCACUGUUCUAACAAACUGUGAGUGCUGACCUCUGAUGAUAGAUCCCCAGCAACAGGGAAUUAAAUGGGUAAAGAACAAAUAUGGAGCUGACCUUGAAGUCGUAAGUCUAGGACAGAAAAGAUAUGUGCACGAUGAAGAAUUGGCUUUUGCGUUUACUGCCUUCAAGUUCCCCUAAUUUCCAUAAGGGAUUUUUGUUGGAAUGCACUUAAAGAAUUGAAAUAUUACAACAAUUCUGCUCAUUUGUUCAUAGCAUCAUUUUCCUUUUAAAACUGUGCUUGAAAAGGCGCCCUUCUUAUGCUGUUUUCAAGUGAUGAGGAGGAAAUGAAGUGGAGGUUGAUGUGCACUUCUUGUGUGGGUCAAACCACGUUUUCAGCAGGUAAGGUGCAAAGCCUGGUGGUAAAACCUUAUUUAUACUCUACAGUUUGGUCAGCAGAAUACAGCAUGUGCACCUCACAUGCAUGUGCAGCAUUCAAGGCAAAAGCCAAUAUUGGGUGAUUUCCUGGUAAAUAAACAUAUUUUUAAUUCUUAUACUUACGACUGAAUUAUAUAUAUUAGCUGAUAGCACUGGCAUGUAACUGAUCUCUUCUUUAAUUUUCUUAUCUUUAUUUUGAUUUAGGGAGAUAAUGUUCCAUUUUAAAGGGUGGACAGACUUUUUCCUACUGAAUUCCAGAUAUAACACGCAAUCAAAUACACAACACACUAAAUGGUCAUAGUAAUGCCUGCUUUUUAAAAUCGGUCUUAAUCAUCUAGCCUGUGUGCUCAUUUGAACCAGCUCUUUUCCCUCAACUGUCCUGGUUUGGUUUUCGUUCAUUUUCCAACCCUCACAAAUAAUCAUCAUUUUUCAUUCACACUCAGUAGUACCCUGCUCUGUGAAGCUAUAUUUUCUGAUUACUUAUCUCACCAUUAUUAUUUAGUCCUUUUCCAUGCCUGUUGGAAAAGAUUUCUCCCAAAUCACUGGGAUUCUAAUUGUUCUUGAAGUCCUUCAAGGAUAUAUUUAUAAUUUAAAUGAGGAAAUACCAAAAGUUGUAACACAAGAAUAUCUAUAGAUAGAUCUAGAUAUAGAUAUAUGCUCCCCCAAAAUUUCUCUCAAUUCCAUUGUCUUCCAUGUGGGGCUGUACCCUCAUAUUUGCUUAUAAGAAAAGCCAUAGCAAUAUAUGUUUGUUUGUUUGUUUUUUAAUAUGAGGAAUAGCAAGAGCAUGGGUAGAAAGAUAUUGAACUCAAAACUGUCAAACUCUUAAACACUGGGCAAUUCUUUGUGAACAGGUUUCCAUGGUUUAACUACGUGCUUUUUGAAAAACCUCGCCAUUUUUAUUAUAUAAAGGAAAUCUUUCUAUAACCAAUAUUUAUCUAAUAUUGGAGGGGGAAUUGUAUUUUUCAGGUAGAGUUUUCUGAAGACCACUGAAAGAGCUUUAGCUUUUGAUGAGACUGUAUUAAUUGAAAACAUGUGUGACUCCAUUGAUCCCAUACUUGAUCCUCUUCUUGGAAGAUAUAGAGUUAAAAAGGGAAGGCAUUGGUGCCUGCACGGUAAAUCUAAGCAGUAAAAAACAGCCCAAAUCUCCUUGUAUACAUGGAGCUCCUGGAAGAUGCACUCUUGCCCUACACUGUGAGACCUUGAAAUGAUCCCUCUUUGUUGCAUUUCUCUAUUGCUGUAUUUGAAGUACUUCAGAGUAAGACCAUACAUCUUGCUUUUCAGAAUCCAUAGUGAAGAAACUACUGAAAAUUAGUAUUAUACUGGUCUAAAAGAGAGAUCAGAAUUUUCACAAGGUGACAGACUUUUAAGGAAUGGGAGGAUGUGAAGGGAUGUGAAGCAGCAGAAAGAAGUAGGAUUGAAACGGACAGGGAUCACAGCAAUAUAGCUUUGCAUUUAUUUAACAAGGGCUUCCACGUAGCACAAUGAAGCUGUGUGUGUGGACACAAAAGCAAAUAUAUGAAGCUAUUCAAAAACAGGUUCUUCUGUUGAAUAUUUACAUGACCUGGCAGUCUGUGCCUGAUUGAAGAUACACAAGUCACCUUUGAGGGGCACAUGUGCCUGUGUGUGUAUAAUUAUAGAUAUAUAUAUAUAUAGAUAUAUAUAUAUACACACACCACAAUAUAUAUAUACACCAAAAUAUAUAAAUACCCACACAAGAUAUACCCCAAUUUAUUUCCAAAUAAGCAGAGUUUGCCUCAUUCUUGAUUAAUUUCUGUUAUUUUUUUUAUUUUAGUUGUUCUGUCAAGUACUUUGAAUUUUUUCUUUCUAAUAAAGAAAGACUAGAAAGGUAUUUGUGAUAGAUAUGGUGCAGUCCAGCAGUUGAAGUUCAUUAAUAAUUGGAAUGUUGCAGAGUAUGAAGUAAUGAAUACUAAUUACUCCUUUCAUGUCUGACAGCACCCCAUGGACCAAUACAUCAGCCCAGACUUUAAUUUGGUUCUAGUAAUGGUUUCAUCAAUAGUACAUUAAUUCUGUGUUUGAAAAGAUGUACAGUUGAACCUGACCCACACAGUAGAUACCACUGUCAUAAAAUGGCCACAUACUGACAACAACUGGAUAAUUACAAAUAAUUAAAUCCACUGAGCUUCAGACAAUCCUAAUUUUAAGUAAAAUAUAUCUUAUCAUAUCAAUCGACAGAAAGCAUAGCAAGGGGGAUUUAUCAACUUGUACUCCUUGCAAAGCAAAUUUACUAGCCUGUUUAUUAGAGAACUUGCUGAUCUGUGAACCACAUCAUAAAAGUACCUUUCCCCUUCCUUCUUUGCAAGAUGCCUCUUAUGUUGCACUCCUGGAUAUUCUGCAACAGCAGCUCUUGGUUUCUGAAUGAAGCCUGCAAAAGAAAUUCUCAGCCUUGGAGAACUUCAAAUGAAUAAAUUUAUAUUUUCAUCAAAACCAGCUCACAAAAGGGUGAACUAAAGAGCUGAUCCAAAACAUCUCGCUACAGGAAGCUAUCCCACCAUUCUACCGUGUAGAGUUAUGGUCUGUUUUGGAGAACAUCCACCCUGAAAGGGAGCUGGGACUCACAUGAAAGAAGCUGUGUCUAUUUCUGGGUAGAGUGGUGUUUUGCUUCCAUCCGUUCUAUCUGCUGCAGAUGUACCAAGACUGAAGACAAAAAAUGUGAAUUCAACAAGAAUUUUCAUCUCAUCCUUCACACUAAACUGGCUAACACUCACUUACAAGCCACAACUGCAGGCUCAGACCACCUUCAUUAACUUCACUAUCACCAGGGACAGGCUGGAAGACCAGCUGUUGGCUGAGGUUGUUAAUGCAAGACUCACAAAAAACAUAAGGAUAACCAUGGCACAUGAAAAAUAAACAGGACAGCUGUCACCAUUCAGGUAGCUGAAGCCAAAGAAAAUGGAGCUCAGGAUGACACGACAAGAGGCAUUACAGACUGACAGCUGGAAGAGCAUCCACUCCUUACUCCAGGAAUGUCAGCCUGGGCAGUGUCAACCCCACCUACCAGCUACCACUGAAGGCAAAAAGCUUGGGUUCACUAUAGAUUCUGGAAGAUUUCAUAAUACGUCUCUAGGACAAAAGCAGAAGAUGGUUGCAAAGGAGGCACUCAAGAAAGCUGCCCCACAUGGCCAUUGGGUUCUUUUCCAAUGCUCAGCCAGCUCCAGUCACAGAAGAGCACAUCAUUCCCCAAGGAAUACUAGAAAAUUCAAAAUUUCUGGUGAACCUCCUACAAGGAUGCUGGCUAAUUUCCAUGCUGCCCUCUGUGGUUUUGACCAGUUCUGCUUGGUGUGUGGAAAGAAGAAGGAGGAGAAAGAAGACAAGAGAAUGUGGAGAACAGGCACGUCACAGGUUGUGUGUAGCCUCCUUCCCUCCAGAUCCCUGGUUAUCCCUGUGUGCUACCCCAGGAACUUGCAGAAAGAUCUCCAAGCCCAGUGUGAGUCAGCUUCCCUGCAGCAGUGGCAGUGCUGGAGCAGUCAGCUUGUUCUCAUCAGCAAAGCAGACCGUGAUGAGGGCAGCCGUAACUGCGCACUUUCGCCUUCCAGCAGGGUAUCCUCAUGUAGCUGCUGGAGCACAGCACACGUGAGGGCAGAGCUGGGAUGUGAAAAGGGGGAUCCUUGAACUGCACGCCAGGAAGGGGAGUUUAAAAGCAUGUUUUCCUUUGUGCCAUUUUCACACUUCUGUUCCUGGGAGGCUGAAGCUUGGCCCUCGGGGCUAGAAUGGAAGGUGCCAGAUCAACUCCUGGGAUCUCUGUGCUCGGCAACUGCUCAGAGGCCCACCAGAAGGUGGGUUCCACAGGAAGACUCCUUGGUGAGAUGGUGUAAGGUGGCCACAUCAUGGGUGCCAGGGACUGCAGGCUCUGCUGGAUCUGCAAGAAUUCCUCAGCCCAGUCCUGGGUCCAUUAGAAUAACCCACUGCGUGUCAGCUUUGAUAGACCUCACCUGGGAACAAUUGUAAAGACAGAAGGGCGGCAAGCUCCUGCUUCAUACCCCAGUAACCCACAGCCUCCCUCUGUGCACAUGACUCCCACAGAUGCAGUAAAACCUGAUUUAAGUGCCAGCAGAGAGAGACUGCUUGAAGGAGAACUUGGCACCAUGUUUCUUGGCCUCUCCAAAUCUGGAUUAUGAUGGAUACCAUAAAUACAUAGAUGAAAUUCUUUCAUCUGAAAGCCCUGCACUACAGGGACUGCAGCCCAGUGCUGAGAUGGGAUUCUUGUCAACAUCAGAUAAUCUCUUCAAAACUCCUUUGGAAAAGCAACCCAUAUACCCAUGGGAGAGGGAUCAGGCCAGUCCCUGUCCUAGUGCAGUGAAAGAGAGGGGGAGCUGAUGUUUUCUGCUUACAUGGAAGUGCUGCAAUGUUCGCUCUUUUGUGAUGUUGUGCCAGACACAUGGACUAAACCAGUAUAUCCAUCCACACACAGCUUUGUCCGCUGCUGUAAUGCAGAGCAAGAACAACUGGCCUUUGGAUAAGGCGGGCUCAAAUUGCAGAUGUAACAAGAAAGACCAAGGAGGAGCAUGACCACCCAGCAAGGGAAGGAGCCUGUAUCUGUAUGCCUUCUGUGCAAGGUACUCCUUGGCGUUGCUGUAGCCGUAGAACUUGGCCAGGUGGAUGAGCAUGCCGGUGGCACAGCGCCCGUCCCGCCGGCGGCAGUAGCUGCAGUUGCACACCCCGCGACACGGAGGACAGAUCCAGGCCUGCAGGGGUGUGAACGUGGGAGAAGGGGAAAAGCAAGACAUGAAAAAUGUUAUACCGGCCUUCCUGUUGCUCAGAGAAAUGUUCAAGAAUGAUACUUACUGGAUCAAGCAGAGCUGACUUCACAUCUUCACCGUAUCGAUUUCGAAGACAGGGGCCACAGAACUGCCCCCUGACUCCUCCACAGCCCUGCUUGCGACAGAUUGUCUUUGUAUCAGUUGUCUUCUGUCGACAUUGGUGGCAAGUACUACCCUAAAGGUGGAAUGGAAGAGAAAAACAUUUGUAUGAAGGACAUCUUAAACGCCCAUUGAUGAGCUUUCCUAAUAAUAAUAAGCACAAAUUCAAACCAAAGUCAAAUUAAACAAUGAAGAGUGAGUUCAGUUACCAUGAUAAAUAAUACAACAAUGCUAGGAAUUUUACAGAGACAGUGCCAAGUUUCAACUAGAAGUCUCAAAUUACAUGAACCUCAUAAUCAUAGCUCUGGUCCUUACUUCUCUCCAGGAAAAACCUAAAACUACUGAGAAAAUGAUCUUGUGACUCAUGCCUGCCCAUACUAUGAAGCAUGACAUACAUGGUAAUAUGAUCUUUAUGAUAAUCAAUAAUAACCAAAUCCAGCAGGGAAAAAAGGAAGGAGGAGCUUCAUUAAAAACACUGGACACUACACAACCUGUACAGAAAUGUCAUUUCCAGAGGUACAAAGAACAGCAGGGAUCACUGUUAUUUAAUGGUACAACACAACAUUUUUAUUAGUGAGAGAGAGAAAAAGGAUGCCAACUCUUACAAGUGGCAAGUAAUAGCUACAGCAAACUUGACUUAACAGCUCUGUGGCACAAAAACACUUUUCAGGGGCAAAAAGCCAGUGGGAAGUAUCAACCACCACAGCCAAGCCCAGAGAAGUCUGGCAAAGCUUUCAAAGCUGUACUUGUGUGACAUAAUAAUGAUGAGCUGAACUCCCCAGAGCCUCAGGAAAGGACACCUUUUAGCAAACACCAGUGAAAUAGUGAGAGACUUUUCAUUUCAAGCACACAGACACACUGAAGAAUACGGCAACCACUUACGAGAACUUUGUCAUAGAUUUUGUCUCUAACAGUGAUUGCAAUGUUGUUCAAGUCCUCCUCAGUUAUGUCUUCUACCGGGCGAUGAGACGAGUACUUCAAUGAUCUCCUUCUUUUGCGUGCUCCACAAUCCCUCUGCUAAACAAACUCAUCUCAAUACCUUUUGUCUGAUGUCAUGAAGCCUCUGUCACCACACUUGGUGACAAAUUCCUUCAUUUACAAUGAGCAUGCAGUCUACAGCUGGCAAACUACAGGCUCAUGUACCUCAACAGGGAAGAGUUUCCAAAUCACCCCUGCCUCUUUCUCUCCCUCUCCUCCAUAAGCUUUUCUCUACCACACAUUUAUUCAUUUUAUUUCAUUCCUUUCCAUCAUUACUUCUUCUGUUCGCACAAAUCCUUGACAAUGUUUUACUGCUAACUUUUCUUUGCAUUCCCUCUCCUCCUUCACUGUAACUCUUCAUACUCCAUUUGUUCCCUCUCAAAAUCAAGAACUGUGAUCAUCUGCCUUCCCAUGCUUUCAUCCUUCAAUCUCCUUGUAUGUUCUCUAGUUGCUUUCUCCAAUGACAAUCUCUAA